AUGGAGAGAGCAAAGCUGAUGGAAAAACACAGUGAAGAAAUACGCUUAGCCAACUUGAAGAAAGCUCGACGGAACUCUUCACCAAGACAAAGUAGCCCACGAAGAGAAGUUGAAGUUGCCAGAAGCAGAAAGGAAUAUGUCGAACCAGGUCGCGGAAACGCCGAAUCUCCUUCCGAUGAAACGCCACAACUCGAGUGGUGGGAGAAGAAGCCAACAUGGCAGCAGAAG